AUGCUGGAACCGAGGAGCGACAAUGGACCUCAUGUGAAGCAUCUUACAGCCACCGUCGGAACAGAAUCAUCUAAACAGCGCGUUGAGGAAACUUUCGACGCGAGUCUACAUCGUAUCACAGUUCUCACAAAGCAGGAGAACGUACGUGCAAUCCAAGAUGCGAACAUUGUCUUCCUGGCAAUGAAACCAAUCAAGCGCGCUGAAGUUUUCGCGGAGCCAGGUUUCAAAGAGACCUUGCGAGGUAAAUUUAUCGUCAGCAUUAUGGCAGGAAUUACCACGAAAGAGGUGGAGCGUUUAGUCCUUGGAGGCGAACCAUCGGACAGUGAGACACCAAUCCAAGCUGUCCGCGCAAUGCCUAACAUGGCUGCCAGAAUCCGAGAAGCUGUGACACUUUGGACGGGAAGCAUCGGGACUACGAAACGCAAUUUGAAAAUUGCAUCCUGGAUAUUUAGUCAAGUCGGAGAGGCGUAUGAAAUCCCAGAGGGGUCUUUUGACAUUUGCGCUGUGCUAGUGGGUUGCGCGGGUUCUCUACUGCUCCUCGCAAUCGACGGACUGUUGGAUGCAGCCGUUGCCGAAGGCGUUCGAAGACCGGAAGUGCAAAAUCUUGUUGUGAACAGUGCCAUUGGAAUGAUGAAACUUGUCCCUGCAGGCGACCACCCUGGCGUUCUACGGGAGAAGAUCGCAUCUCCCGGUGGUUGCUCCAUUCGGGCUCUUUUGGAACUUGAGAAACUGGGUGUUCGUUCAGCAUUCACUACUGCUAUCCUAGCAGCAGCUGAAAAGUCGAAAAGUAUGUCAUCAUCUUAG